UUUCAACUCAAUUGGCACGUUUCCCUUCACCAUCGCCCAAAACGGCGAUCACCAAUUGAUAAAACGGCGCCGUUACUCCCUCCCCCUCACAAAACCUCUGCAACAUAUAUACUUACAGAUUUUUGUAUCUAUUUAAAUCAGCAUUACUUCCAUGUCUUCUGUAACCUUCAUCACAUGGUUAAUCGUUUCGCUGUUUUUCUAUAGCAACGAAGUUGCGUCGUCUUCGCCUGCGAUUUCAGUUUCAGCUCCGAUUAGGGUUGGAUCUCGUUCAAUUCUGCGAUCAAUCGACAAAAAUAAAGAGGAAAAGGAAGAUUACGCUGUUGAAUUGAACGCCACGAAUUUUGAUUCUGUGCUUAAGGAAACCCCCGCUGCUCAUGCCGUUGUUGAAUUCUUUGCCCACUGGUGUCCUGCUUGCAGAAAUUACAAGCCACAAUAUGAGAAGAUUGCAAAGAUUUUCAAUGGAGCAGACGCUGUCCAUCCUGGGAUGAUAUUGUUGACCAGAGUAGAUUGUGCCUUGAAGAUAAAUACUAAUCUUUGUGAUAAGUUCUCUGUCGGGCACUACCCUACUCUUCUGUGGGGCCCACCUUCUAAGUUUGUGUCUGGGAGUUGGGACCCAAAGCAAGAAAAGAGUGAAAUACGUUCUAUCGAGGAUGCACGAACAGCAGAUCUCUUACUAAAUUGGAUUAAUAAGCAAAUGAACAGCUCAUAUCGCUUGGAAGACCGGAAAUAUGAGAAUGAUCUUCAGAAAAAUGCUUCAGAUAUUGGACAGAUUGCACGUGCUGUUUACGACAUUGAGGAGGCCACAUCCACUGCUUUUGGCAUCAUCUUAGACCACAAGAUGAUUAAAUCAGAGACUAAAGCAUCACUUGUAAAAUUCUUUCAACUUUUGGUGGUCCAUCAUCCAUCUAGAAGAUGCCGGAAGGGAACUGCAGAACUACUAGUCGAUUUUGACAAUCUUUUAGCCAACAAGGAGAUUGACAGUGGCGAGAGAGGAGAAAUCAGGAAUUAUCAAAUUUGUGGAAAAGAUGUUCCUCGUGGAUACUGGAUGUUUUGUCGGGGAAGCAAGAAUGAGACAAGAGGUUUUAGUUGUGGUCUGUGGGUUUUAUUGCACUCACUCUCUGUAAGAGUUGACGACGGAGAAAGCCAGCUGGCAUUCACAACAAUUUGCGAUUUCAUUCAUAAUUUCUUCAUAUGCGAGGAGUGCCGCCAGCAUUUUUACACCAUGUGCUCAAGCGUUUCAACCCCUUUCAACAAAUCCCGUGACUUUGUCCUCUGGCUAUGGCAAGCACACAACAAAGUCAACGAGAGGCUAAUGAAGGUAGAGGCAUCCCUCGAAACCGACGACCCUCAGUUCCCCAAAAUCACGUGGCCCCCACAACAGCUCUGCCCUUCUUGCUAUGGAACUGUGAGAGUCGACGAGAGCCGUCCGAUCGAAUGGGAUCUUGAUGAGGUCCACAAGUUCCUGAUCAACUAUUACGGGAAGGCGCUCGUAAACCUAAACAAGGAUAAGGAACUUACAGUGGAGAGGCUCGUAAACCUAAGUGAUGAUGCGGCAUCUUCAGCGUCGGUGAACGCACUUGUGGUCCCCGUUGGAGCUGCGCUGGCAAUAGCUGUUGCCAGCUGUGCAUUCGGAGCGCUGGCUUGCUACUGGCGGCAGCAUCAGAAGAGCCGGAAGUAUAAACACCAUCUACACUCUUUUAAGAAUAUAUGACUAAUACUAUUAUUAUUUAUAUAGAGUAAUAGCUUCUUCUCAUUAGGUAUUAAGAGAUGAUAAAUCUAUAGAAAAAAAAAAACCGGAAAAAUUAGAAGAUGGAGAUGUGAUAAUUAAAGGGAGUUGUCAUUUUGAUUAAUCUACACAAAUGUUUUCAGGCCGAGGAGAAGCUGGAACUGAUAUUUAAGCUCUCGGUCGGUCUAUACAACAACAGUGAAUAAAAAAGUUUAUACACAUGUGGCUUCUCACUUUCUCAGGCCUUCCUUCUUCUAUCAGAACCAGAUGAAUGAAGGCCUUCUUCCAUCAAGACUGUUUUUUUAUACCUUUUUUUUUUUUCUUUUUUUUCUUUCUCAGGGUUUGCUUCCUAACUGGAAGUGUACAGAUUUUGCAUUUGAAUUGUGAAAUUGAAAGAUUUUUGUAUUAUUUAAUUUAGAUUUUCUUUUUACCUUCAGCCCUUGUAAUUUGAUGUAUUACUUAUUUUACAUGGUGAAAUCUGAAAUCUUGCAGAUGACCUGUUUUAACUAUAGACAGUGUGUCUGUAGGGAUUCAUUUGGAAUUGUGGAUUAGCUAUUAUAUAUUACUGGCAUGAAAAAUUCCUUCAUGUUUGGAUGA